UAAAUAAGUUAUAUUGUAAAAAAUGCAGUUAAUUAUGUUUGUGUAAAAAUUUUUUUAAUAAGAAGCGAAUAUAUUUCCAGAAAUGUGUUGAAAAUAUUUUUCUAUUAUGAUCAAGCAGAUGUUUGUAGAAAAGAUAAUGCUUCGCAUGCGCGAUGAGCCGGUUGCAAUAUUAUGACAACAAACUCGAUUAGAGACCGCGCGGUAUAAAGUGAUUUUGUUUAAUAAAAAUCAUUGUUAAGCAAUUAAAAUUUUGAUCAUCUCAUCGAAUUUAUUAAUUUUAAGAAAUGGAGGACUCAGAAUUGCAGAUUACUAAGAAGAAACUUGCCCUCUUAUUAUUAAAUAAAAUGAUACAUGAAAAUAAAAAUCGAAGAAGUCGAAAGUACAGAGUACAUCCUCUUUGGCUCCAACGUUCAAUAUUUGGUGCACAUAAUUCAUUAGUUAAAGAAAUGGUGAUGCAUGAUCCAGUAAUGUUUAAGAAUUAUCUUCGCAUGUCUGUCUCUACAUUUGAGAAACUUUUAAUAAAAGUAGGAGAAAGUCUACAAAGCUAUCCCACGAGAGAAGACAUAAUCUCACCAUCCGAAAAGUUAAUCGUAACUUUAAGGUAUCUUGCAACAGGAGAGUCUUAUACUUCAUUAUCACGACAAUUUCGAAUGGGAAUCAAAACAAUUCAAGUAUUUAUUCCAGAAACAUUAUUAAUUUUGUGGAGAACAUUACAGCCUGAAGUACUUGCAUUUCCGGACACUGUGGAGGCUUGGAAUGUGCUAAUAAACGACUUUAAUGAAAAGUGGCAGUUUCCAAACUGCUUUGGUUCCAUUGAUGGAAAGCACGUCCUAAUGCAGGCACAACCCGAUACAGGCUCGGACUAUUUUAAUUACAAGAAUUUUCAUAGCAUUGUUCUUCUUGCAAUGACAGAUGCGAAUUAUAAUUUUACUAUGGUAGAUGUAGGUGGCAAGGGGAGACAAAGUGAUGGCGGGAUCUUAAAAAACUGCCAAUUUUUUCAUGCUCUAGAGGAAGAUACUUUGAAUCUUCCGGCUCCAAUGUCUCUCUACCCUGAAGGACCAAAAAUGCCAAUGGUGUUCAUUGGUGAUGCAGCAUUUGAAAAUAGUCGACAUUGUUUAACGCCUUUUAAAGGAGCGAAUAGUGGGAAUCUUUCUAAAGAUAAAAACAUUUACAAUUAUCGAUUGAGCAGAGCCCGCAGAACCAUUGAAAAUGCUUUUGGCAUUUUAGUUGCAAUGUGGAGAAUUUUUCGAACCCCGAUCAUGGCUAAUUUAGCCGUUGUAAAAUUAAUUGUCCUAGCCACCGUAUGCUUACAUAAUUUUAUUCUAAAAGAAGAAAAAAAAUUGCCUCGUGAUUUGAAAAAUUAUUGCUCUGCCAACGCUGCCGAUUAAAAUGUAAAUAUUGAUGACAGUGCUUUACAGCCUUUGGAAAUACCUCUGUCAGUGACAGCAAGAAAGAAUCAAGCUAGAGCAAUUAGAAAUCAUUUUAAAGAUUUUUUUAUGGGGGCAGGAAAAGUUCCAUGGCAGGAUAGAGCUAUUUUUGAAGAUGAUAGUUGAGUUAGUAUGUAAAAGAAAUAAAUAAAUAAAUGUUGCACAAAAUUUUCUUCAUCAGUGUGUUUUAUAUAAACUAAUUCGAGA